AUAACGAAGAAAAAAUAAACAUGGAUAACAUUGAACAUUUGUAUAAAUGCUAUGAAAUUUUAUCAGAGGCUGGUGAUAAAGUAUCUGAGCACGUCAAAGAAUAUGAAGACAUUUUAAAGGCCGUCAAGGGCUCGUCAAAAGAGAAACGUUUGGCCUCACAAUUUAUUGGUAAAUUCUUUAAAUAUUUUCCUGAUUUGUCAAAUGCGGCCAUUGAUGCUCAGCUCGAUUUGUGUGAAGAUGAUGAUAUGCAGAUACGCCGACAAGCCAUUAAAGAUUUACCAAAAUUAUGUCAAGAUACAGUUGGUAUUACUUCAAAAGUUGGUGAUAUUUUAGCUCAGUUGCUAAUUUUGGAUGAUCCAUUGGAACUGCAGCAAGUUAACAAUUCUCUACAGACAAUCAUUAAGAUGGAUGCCAAGGGUUCUCUGACAGGAGUUUUCACACAGAUUUCUACCGGUGAUGAGGCUACACGUGAACGUUGCUUUAAAUUCAUUGCAACUAAACUUUUCGCCAUGGGACCCACUGUGGUAACCAAGGAAAUUGAAGAAUUUCUUAUCGAUGAAAUUAAAAAGAUUUUACAGGAUGUAACCGCUGAUGAAUUUCAAUUGUGUAUGACAAUUUUGGGUAGCACCAAAUUGGGUACAACCAUUACUGGACACGCUGAAUUAGUUAAUUUGGCUAAAGAGCAAGCUGAACUGAAUGCAGAUAUUGACGCCAUUACCGUUGAAGAUGAAAUUGUCGAACGUUUCAUACAGUGUGCCACACAUGCAAUGCCAUAUUUCUCGAAUACCAUUAAAUCAACAGAUUUCGUGGUUUAUGUUUGCGACAAACUAUUGCCAUUGAGUACAUGGAAUAUGAUUGCCACUGCCGUGGCACAGGAUCAAGUGCAGUUACGUGUACUGAAGGUUUUUGCUGAAAUGUGUACAUAUACAGAUGUUUUGGAGAAUGCCGCACAACGUAUCGAUAAUGUCUAUCAAGUAUUGAGGGAAUACAUGCCCUUACCCAAACUCACCGAGGAGGAAGAUGCUAGCAGCCCACCACCAUCAUUUCAAUUUUCUCAUGCCGAAUGUUUACUCUAUGCAUUGCAUACAUUGGGUAAAAAACAUCCCGAUAGUUUGACAUUUGUUACCGAUGCUGAAAAAUUAAAAGAUUUCCGUUCAAGGUUACAGUAUUUGGCUCGUGGUACACAGGGCUACAUUAAAAAAUUGGAAGAAGCUGUUAAGGGAAAAACCGCCGAAGAAUUAAAGACUGAAGAAAAUCAAUUGAAAGUUACCGCAUUGAAGACCACAUCAAAUAUUAGCAUUCUAAUACGUGAUCUUUUCCAUUCACCACCCAGUUUUAAACAUGAAAUUCAGCUAUCAUGGGUUAAGCGAAAGAAUACGAAAAUCGGCUCGAAACGUCAUGCACCCAUAACAUUCGAUGGUAAAACCGAAAAUGGCAAAGAUGACGAAAAGAAAACAAAGAAUGCAAGUGAUCAGAAAAUUUAUUCACCACCAUCGGGCAAAUAUUCGGCAAAGGUGCAAAACUAUGGUGGUGGUAACAACAAUCGUCAACGUUCACGCAAUAGUGGUGGCGGUGGUGGUUUCAACCGAAAUCGACGCAAUUUUAAUAAGAAAUAUUAA